UGUAUUAAGAAUAAGGAUGUCAUUAAAGUUCAUGGGUGUGUAAAGGCAGGUAUGUCCCAUUACUUUUGCCAAUAUAGUGUAUGUUGCUAAUAAACAUGCCCAGUUGCAUUCAUCCCUCUUCCAUACAGCUUAUAGUGUCCGGUAAGAGGUAUCGAUUAGCCUGGAGUCUCAGGAAGGGUGGGGUUCCAACCCGAAACAUCGUCGGCAGGCAGGAUGAAGACGCCUAAUUAAAUAUUAACAAAAUGUUAUCAGAUUACAUAACUACUUGACUACUUAUACAAUAAAUCUUUAGAACCUAUCAAUUAGCUGAUGGACUAAAUGGAAUUAUGUGAAUAAAUACUAAAUGGCAUACUAUGAAUACAUAUUAAAUAGAAUUUGUUGUGUAAUUAUGGUAACAUUGUACGACUACUUGUAUUGUUAGUCUGUAUCUGUCCUAUGGGUGGCGGUACUGAGGCGGAGGCCUGAAUGGAAUAGAGAAGGGGAUGCAUUGCAGGACCAGGCAGCGACAUAAUAAUAGACGAUUUUCGAUACAUUUCAUGCCGUACCGUUCUGUAAUAUUGUUUACGUAUUUUUGAAUAGCUGCAGAUUUUAGUAUUGUAUCCAUAUUUUAGUCUGCAUUAUUCUGGAAAUGGAUGUGUGACAGGCUCGCUAAUACAGCAUCUUUGGAGAAGAUACGCCGAAAAAAGCAAACAAUGGCAGACAAAAGUGACUUAAAAGCUGAGCUGGAGCGAAAGAAGCAGCGACUUGCGGAGAUCCGGGAGGAGAAGAAAAGGAAGGAGGAGGAGAGGAAGAAGAGGGACGUAAGAAGUCAAUCAGAGACACGGAAGAAAUCGGAGGCCGUCCCCGAGGACUCGGAUCUGGACCACAAGCGGCGGGAGACUGAGGCCCUGCUGCAAAGUAUUGGGAUCUCCCCAGAACCGCCACUAGUCCCGACCCAUGUGUCGCCUCCAUCAAAGCCAGGGAGCGUGCCCAGUGAGGUCGGCCGCCAGGAUUCCACUGACGGAGCAGUGCCGGGAAGGUACAGGACAUUACACUGGGAUACUGACCCUUCUGUCCUGCAGCUGCAGUCUGACCCCGAGCUUGGAUCCCGGACGCAGAGACUUGGACCAUCAAAAAUAACACAGGUGGACUUCCAGCCCAGGGAGUUGGUGACGUACUCCAAAGAAACUCAGACUCCCUUGGCGGUUCUCCAGUCUGAAGACGAAGAUGAAGAUGAGGAGAUCUUGGAGCCGGCCCCGCAGCUUGUGCCGGAGCCUCGGGAGGAAGAAGGGAAACAGGAGGCAAAGGAAGCACCCCCCAGGGAGCUGACCGAAGAGGAGAAACAGCAGAUGCUCCACUCGGACGAGUUCCUCAUCUUCUUCGACUGCACCAUCCGUGUCAUGGAGCGGGCGCUGGCUGAGGACUCCGAUAUCUUUUUCGACUAUAGCGGCCGUGACCUGGAUGAUAAGGAGGGGGACAUUCAGGCUGGAUCUAACCUGUCCUUCAACCGCCUGUUCUAUGAUGAGCACUGGUCCCGGCAUCGAGUGGUCACCUGUCUGGACUGGUCUCCACAGUACCCUGAACUGAUGGUGGCGUCCUACAACAACAACGAAGGAGCUCCCCAUGACCCUGAUGGUGUUGCCCUGGUGUGGAACAUGAAGUUCAAAAAGACCACACCGGACUAUAUUUUCCACUGUCAGUCCUCGGUGGUAUCGGUCGGCUUCGCUCGAUUUCACCCCAACCUGGUGGUGGGGGGCACAUACUCUGGGCAGAUCGUACUGUGGGACAACCGCAGUCACCGGAGGACCCCUGCGCAGAGGACGCCCCUGUCUGCCAGUGCGCACACCCACCCUGUGUACUGUGUCAACGUGGUAGGCACACAGAACGCCAACAACCUGAUCACGGUCUCCACCGACGGGAAGAUGUGUUCCUGGAGCCUGGAUAUGCUCUCCCAGCCCCAGGAGAGCAUGGAGCUGGUAUAUAACAGAUCCAAGCCUGUAGCAGUGACUUGCAUGGCCUUUCCUGCCAGCGAUGUCAACAACUUCGUGGUGGGGAGCGAGGAGGGGGCGGUAUACACUGCCUCGCGACACGGCAGCAAAGCAGGAAUCGGGGAGAUGUUCGAAGGCCACCAGGGGCCGGUGACAGGGAUCAGCUGUCACAACGCUGUCGGACCUAUUGACUUUUCUCACCUCUUUGUCACCUCAUCCUUCGACUGGACUGUCAAGCUGUGGAACACCAAGCACAACAAGCCGCUCUACUCCUUUGAAGACAACGCCGACUACGUGUACGACGUCAUGUGGUCGCCCGUUCAUCCCGCGCUCUUUGCCGCCGUGGACGGGAUGGGCCGUCUGGAUCUGUGGAACCUGAACAGCGACACAGAGGUUCCCGCUGCCAGUGUGACCAUGGAGGGCUGCCCCGCGCUGAACCGUGUCCGAUGGGCACCGACGGGCAGAGAGGUGGCCGUGGGCGACUCGGAGGGCCGCGUCUGGAUCUACGACGUUGGAGAGCUCGGGUUUCGGCGAGGAGCUCCGGCACAAUGGCGCGAUUCACAGCAGUCAACAUCUGAAUCCGGCUGCAGCCGCUCAUGCCUGGCACGCUGGCUGUGCCUCAUGCUGAGGACUGGACCCGCCUCGUCCGCACGCUGGCGGAGAUCCGGGCCAAUAGGAGCGACGCUGAGGAGGAAGCAGCUUCGCAACUGGCAGGAUAAGGGGGGGCACCCUCACCCCACCCCCCCACUCCACGCUAGACAAGCAGGCACCCGGUGGCCCCCGCACGUAUCGAAUCCCCCAGUCUGCUGAUUACAGCCAAACCUGCAUAUUCACGCUGGCAUUGCCGUUGGUCGUAGUUUCCCUUUGUGCACAGAUCCUCUGACUCCAAGCCCUUUUUUUAGUCAUUCAUUUUUUCUUUACUGCUGUACCGGCCAAACAUUUGAAGACGUUGCCAAAUAUUGGUACGGGAUCCCCUACCCCAACUCAUAUAGUGACUUUAUUUAGUCCCGGGAAACCUCUGCUGAAGCUCAUAUUUAGAGACUGCACUUGUGCUAUUAAAACCAGAUGGGCCCCGCGACAACAAUGAGCAGAUGGGUGUCACCAGGCCGCGUGGGCGCGGGGCAGAUCUGGUUUGCAUUCCUCUGUCACAUGUGGGCUUGCUGUGUUUCACGCAUCGCUCCGCUCCUCUGUAUGCAUGACGCACCUUUGUGGAGAAAAUCCUGUUAGCUAGUUCUGUUUUAUUUAUUUUAAUUUUUUUUUCCGUGCCCGGCUGGUUUGCUGCCUCGACAUUUCACCUCAGCACGCGAGGAUCCCGAGUGCAGCGGACAGGGUGGCUCUUGCUGUGGAUGUACAUUUUUUUCCAAUUUAAUGAGCGCUAAUUUGUUCUCUCUUCUGGCUUGAAUUGUGAGGACUUCUGCUUUCGUAGUAAAUUGACAGUGUGCUCUGUUGUACUACAGGAGAAACGAAUUCUUGAUAAAAGUUUAGUUUUCAAUGUUGACGUGGACGUCUCUGUGAUUUGUGCAGGCUAACAUGUAAACAGAUUCUCUUACAGCUUUCAGAAGUGUAAUGGGCAUUAAUGCAUAGAAAAUUACACAGUACUGACUACACUGAUGACCCCCCCCCCCCUUUAAUGGAUGUCAGACUAAUGCAAAUCAGCGUUUUCCUGUCUGUGCAUGGCAUGUCUUUGCCUCGUCGUGUUAAGUGCAGCCCCCACCUCUUUGGCUAGAGAAAGGCCUGGCUUUCCUGCCACUCACUGGGCCUGCUGUCCGCUACUGUCCAAGCCGUGCAUGCUGGGUACUCUGCUCCACUCCAUCACACUGCUACUGUGACAGCUGACAGGAGAUCGGUCCACAUCAGUGUCCCUGGAAGGACCACGACCCUCCGUGUUCUCUCUCUGCCCCGCGUCCCUAUCGGACUUCACGGAGCCUCCUGACGACCUUUCCAUUAACCAGGGACUGUGAGGAGCCAAAAACGUGCCUGAACGCCGGGAAGCUCUCCGGGGGUGAAGGGGAAGAGAGGGGGUUACGUACGCUGGUCUGGGAGGGGGCCAAGAGUGGAGAGUCAGUCCCAGGCAGCUAGGUUUUCAACCCGGGGCCAAGCAAUCAGGCCAAGCCAGAGAGAGAGAGGAGAAAGGCAAGAAAAAGCUAUUACGGCUGGCAUAAACAAAAUGCAGCCAUCAGCUUUCAACAAA